AUGAUUUUUGAGUUAAUAUAUAACUCCUGUAAAGUUAUAAAAUUUAAUAUGGACGCUGAAAAGACACUUACAGACCCUAUCAACCAAAGCAUUUCUUUUGAAGAAGUAGACGGUAGAUUUUUUUACCUCAACACUGCUCCUUCACUUAAAGCUUCACUUGUUUCACAAUUCAAAACAAGCUUAUUUGACAAUAAAGAAGAGCAAUCCCCACUCCUUUUUACUCCCCCCCCCUCCCUGAGUGAACAAAAAAAUUUUGUUUACUCACGGAGGGGGGUUAAUUUUUUUUUUUUUAAAAAAUUUAUAUAUAUAUUUUUAUAGAAAAAAAUUUUUUUUCGAAAUUUAAAAAAAUCCUAAUUUGCAAAAAUUUGGGAAGCAAAUAUUAAUUUAAUUUAUAAAAUUUAUGUUUUAAAACGCAAUUUGUUUAAAAUUAAACAGAAUUAGGUAUAGAUUUCAUUAUACUAAUUAUCACUUAUAUAUCAAAUUUUUUUUUUCAUAGAAAAUUUUUGUUCACUCACGAAGGUGGGUUUUUGGGCAAAAAAUAGCGAUUUUUCUAAUGGUUUUGUUCACUCACGGAGGGGGGGAGUUAGCAAUAAAACAUUGGCACAGGACAUGGAAUCAAGCUCAGUUGGGAAUUCAAUUGAUGACGGUUCAUUAUUGCCUGCGUCCUCACGUCUCAGAAAUGUUGGGGAUUUUCAUAAGAACUAUCUGGAUCUUGGACAGUGGCCUGACGGUUCUAGGAUUCAAAAUGAUUUAAAACGGAAAUACCAAACCCUUAAAAAAGAGUGUGCAAAAUCAGAACUCACCAGGAUGCAGUUAGAAGAAGAACUAGAUGCCUACAAAAAAGGAAAAAUCGAGUGCAAAAACUGCGAAAAACUUAAAGAAAAAAAUAAAAAAACCAAAAAAGCAUUAGAAGAAGCUGUUCAGCUGAGCAGCAUGCUUCUAAGUGAAGUUCAUCGACUAGAUAAUGAGCUUAAUCGUGAAGAAGCAUCUCAAAGAUCUAUGAAAAAAGUGAAGUUCAAUAAAAAAUAUGCCUGAAUAGAGGUUUUAGACUAUCAGAAAUCUGUAUUUUUAUAAAAAAAUGACUAAUAAGAAAAGGUAUAUAAAUUUUAA